AUGGCAGGCCAAGGCCAGCGCUUGACUGUGGUCCCUACAGUAACCAUGCUUGCAGUGAUGAAAGCUCGCCUCGUCGGUGCCACAAGAGGCCAUGCUCUUCUCAAGAAGAAGAGUGAUGCUCUAACUGUGCAGUUCCGGGCAAUACUCAAGAAUAUUGUAUCGACCAAAGAGGCCAUGGGAGACAUCAUGAAGAAUUCCUCCUUUGCCCUAACUGAGGCAAAAUAUGUUGCGGGGGAGAAUAUCAAACACGUCGUCCUGGAAAGCGUCCAAACUGCAUCUGUUAAAGUCCGAUCUCGCCAAGACAAUGUCGCUGGAGUUAAGCUUCCCAAGUUUGAGUAUUUCUCUGAAGGAGAUACCAAGAGUAAUGACCUAACUGGUUUGGCCAGAGGCGGGCAGCAGGUACAGAAGUGCCGUGUUGCUUAUGUGAAAGCAAUUGAGGUUCUUGUCGAGCUGGCUUCGCUUCAGACUUCGUUCUUGACGCUUGAUGAGGCAAUCAAGACGACAAAUCGAAGGGUUAAUGCAUUGGAGAAUGUUGUGAAGCCAAGAAUUGAGAACACAAUCACUUACAUCAAGGGGGAGUUGGACGAGCUUGAGAGAGAAGAUUUCUUCAGGCUGAAGAAGAUUCAAGGUUAUAAGAAGAGGGAGAUCGAGAGGCAGAGAGCUUCUGCAAUUGGGUUUGCUGAGGAUCAAAUUGCUGAGAAGCUGUCCUUGAGUAAAGGCAUUUCGAUGGCUUCGGCUCAGAACAUGUUGGCUGCUGGCGCAAAGGACGAGGAUAUAAUCUUUUGA